UUCCCUGUGAAAUUAAACGAUUGAUGAUUGCGUCAGAAGUCCUUGACAUCGAAAUCAACGCAAAAGCACGGGUUCUCGUUGCUCCCUCGCAUCAUCGAUCGCUUAUUCACGGUCGGACAAUAGUCAGUCCACAAUCAUCAGAAGUAUUUCUACAGUUUAGUCACACAAAUCUCACUUAUCACAAUGGGAGUUCCCGCAGGAGAUGCAGACAAGGGAAAGAAGAUCUUCGUACAAAAAUGUUCCCAGUGUCAUACCAUCGAAGCUGGUGGCAAACACAAAGUAGGCCCAAAUUUACACGGAAUGGUUGGUAGAAAAACUGGACAAGCGGCCGGAUUUGCCUACACUGAUGCAAACAAAGCAAAAGGCAUCACUUGGAAUAAGGAUACGCUUUUCGAAUAUCUCGAGAAUCCAAAGAAAUAUAUUCCCGGCACAAAAAUGGUGUUCGCUGGAAUUAAGAAACCACAAGAAAGGGCAGAUCUCAUCGCUUAUCUAGAACAAGCCUCUAAGUAAAUUUUAAAUUGAUUCUCUUAAAAUUAAAUCUCAGAAGCGGUGCUUUAGUGAAAACGAGGGGAAAAAAAUUAGGAAAAUUAUCAUCUCAACGUUUAAUUCUUCCUCGGAUUCACAACUCCCGAAUUUAAACUCAAAAAAAAAAUAAUACGCAUUGUUUCAACAAGGAGUAAACUAGUAACGAAUUGUUAUUGUUAAUAAGUAGGUAAACGAAAAAAAAACAAAUCAUUGUAACUAUGUAAAUUGUCUUUUUCAAAUGAGCUUGGGCAAGAACCAGCUCGAAAAUUUUACAGUAUCGAUGUUCUGUUUUUAACAGGUAGAUCCUGACACAAACGUCAUCGAUUUUUAUUUAUUAUCAAUUAAUUAAUUUUUUUUUUUUGGCUUUACGUUCGUUUAUUCGUCAACAGUAUUUAUGGAAAAAAAAUCAGUCAUAAAAAAUCAAUGAAAAAUUACGAAAAGUUA